CCUCUCCCCCUCCCGCGAGGCGUGCGACGUGCUCGCGCAUGCGUAGAACGCGCAACGUUUCCGCUGCCCGUGAAUCCUAAGCGGGUGCUUACAGAUUUGGCAGGGAAGAGGAAGCAGAUUUGCGGUCCUGUCUUCUGCUGAAUUUUGCAGCGUGGAUCUCUGCGCUGACUGUGCUUGUUAAAUGUUUUUAGUCCGUUCCUUGAUGAAAAUGGCAGCCAACAACGCAGUUUUGAACAGGCUGGAGCAGAAAGGCGCAGAAGCAGAUCAAGUUAUCGAAUACCUUAAGCAGCAAGUGGCUCUUCUAAAGGAAAAAGCCAUCCUGCAGGCAUCCCUGAGGGAAGAGAAGAAGCUUCGUGUAGAAAAUGCUAAACUGAAGAAAGAAAUUGAUGUGCUGAAACAAGAAUUGAUCCAGGCUGAAAUUCGGAAUGGAGUGAAACAAGUCUCUCUGCCGCCCAGUGAAACACCUUCUGCAACAGCAUCCUUUUCAGAAGAAGUCUCACAGCCUGCCGCUGCUGCAGUGGCCCCAUCUGGUCCUAAAGACCAAAUUAAAGGAACAAAUGAAGAAAAGAAGAAAAAGGACAAGACGGAAAAGAAAGCAGAAAAGAAGGAGAAAAAGCAGCAAUCAGCUGCGACUGAUGACUCAAAGCCUUUAGAUGUUUCCCGACUUGAUUUUCGAAUUGGUUGCAUCACAGCAGCAAAGAAACACCCAGAUGCUGAUACUCUGUACGUUGAGGAAGUUGACGUGGGAGAAACAAACCCUAGAACUGUUGUCAGUGGUCUAGUGAAACAUGUUCCUUUAGAAGAGAUGCAAAACCGGAUGGCAAUAUUUCUCUGUAACCUGAAGCCGGUGAAAAUGAGAGGAGUUUUGUCCCAAGCCAUGCUGAUGUGUGCUAGCACGCCAGAGAAGGUGGAGAUUCUAAUCCCUCCUAGUGGGGUUGUUCCUGGAGACAGAAUUACAUUUGAAGGUUUUCCUGGUGACCCUGAACGAGAACUUAACCCUAAGAAGAAAAUAUGGGAGCAGAUCCAGCCUGACCUUCAUACUGAUGGCCAAUGUGUUGCUACAUACAAAGGAGUGCCAUUUGAAGUGAGGGGGAAAGGGGUGUGCAGAGCUGCUACCAUGGCCAACAGUGGAAUCAAAUAAACAUUUAUCGGUUCUGCAAG